GGAAGAGAAGAAGGAAGGAAGGAAGGAAGGAGGAAGGGGAAGAUAGGAGAGGAAGAAAAGGAGGAGGAGGAAAAAAAGACAGACUUUGGCCAGCUUGCUUUGGACCUGUUAGACCAGUCCUAUAAGCAUGACGAGCAAAUUGCCAUGAAACUUCUGACCUACGAGCUAAAAAACUGGAGCAACUCCACCUGUCUCAAACUGGCCGUGGCAGCCAAACACCGGGACUUUAUUGCUCACACCUGCAGCCAGAUGCUGCUGACAGACAUGUGGAUGGGAAGGCUGCGAAUGAGAAAAAACCCUGGCCUGAAGGUUAUCAUGGGGAUCCUUCUUCCCCCCACCAUCUUGCUUUUGGAAUUUCGUACAUAUGAUGACUUCUCAUACCAAACAUCCAAGGAAAAUGAAGAUGGCAAAGAAAAAGAAGAAGAGAACGUGGAUGCAAACGCAGAUGCUGGCUCAAGAAAGGGGGAUGAGGAAAACGAGCAUAAAAAGCAGAGAAGCAUCCCCAUUGGAACAAAGAUCUGCGAGUUUUAUAAUGCUCCCAUUGUCAAGUUCUGGUUCUACACAAUAUCCUACUUGGGCUACCUUCUGCUGUUUAACUAUGUCAUCCUGGUGCGGAUGGACGGCUGGCCCUCCCUCCAGGAGUGGAUAGUCAUCUCCUACAUCUUGAGCCUGGCACUUGAGAAAAUACGUGAGAUCCUCAUGUCAGAACCAGGCAAACUCAGCCAGAAAAUCAAGGUUUGGCUUCAGGAGUACUGGAACAUCACAGACCUUGUGGCCAUCACUAUGUUCAUGAUUGGAGCAAUCCUACGCCUACAGAACCAGCCGUACAUGGGCUAUGGCCGAGUCAUCUACUGUGUGGACAUCAUCCUCUGGUAUAUCCGUGUCUUGGAUAUUUUUGGUGUCAACAAGUAUCUUGGCCCCUACGUGAUGAUGAUUGGAAAGAUGAUGAUCGACAUGCUGUAUUUUGUGGUCAUCAUGCUGGUUGUGCUGAUGAGUUUUGGAGUAGCCCGUCAAGCCAUAUUGCACCCUGAGGAGAAACCAUCUUGGAAACUAGCCCGAAACAUCUUCUACAUGCCCUACUGGAUGAUCUACGGAGAAGUGUUUGCAGACCAGAUAGACCUCUACGCCAUGGAAAUUAAUCCUCCUUGUGGUGAGAACCUGUAUGAUGAGGAGGGCAAGCGCCUCCCCCCCUGCAUCCCAGGGGCCUGGCUCACUCCUGCUCUCAUGGCCUGCUACCUACUGGUAGCCAACAUCCUGCUGGUCAACUUGCUGAUUGCUGUUUUCAACAACACCUUCUUUGAAGUAAAGUCAAUAUCUAACCAAGUGUGGAAGUUCCAGCGAUAUCAGUUGAUCAUGACAUUUCACGACAGGCCUGUCCUGCCCCCACCGAUGAUCAUUUUAAGCCACAUCUACAUAAUCAUUUUGCGUCUCAGUGGUCGGUGCAGGAGAAAAAGAGAAGGCGACCCAGAGGAACAGGAUCGUGGACUGAAGCUGUUCCUUAGCGACGAGGAGCUAAAGAAGUUGCACGAGUUCGAGGAACAGUGCGUGCAGGAGCACUUCCGGGAGAAGGAGGAUGAGCAGCAGUCAUCCAGCGAUGAACGCAUCCGUGUCACUAGUGAGAGAGUUGAAAACAUGUCAAUGCGGCUGGAAGAAAUCAACGAAAGAGAAAACUUUAUGAAAACCUCCCUGCAGACUGUUGACCUUCGACUUUCUCAACUUGAAGAAUUGUGUAGCAGAAUGGUGAAUGCCCUUGAGAAUCUUGCAGGAAUUGACAGGUCUGAUCUGAUCCAGACACGAUCCAGAGCUUCAUCUGAGUGCGAGGCCACCUACCUUCUGCGCCAAGGCAGCAUCAACAGCGCUGAUGGCUACAGCAUGUACCGCUACCAUUUUAACGGGGAGGAACUGCUGUUUGAGGACACUGCUCUCUCCAUGUCAUCAGGGACAGGCUUCAGGAAAAAGACCUGCUCCUUCCGAGUGAAGGAUGAGAAGGAUGGGAAAAUACACCUAGCCCCAGAGCGCCAGACCAGCCUCCAUUUUUCAAAUGGCCCCAGCCCUCCAGCAACACCAGACCGCAGUCAGCUUGCAAUAGAGGAUGCCAAGAAUGCUUCAGAGUCCAAAUUGGGUCCAGAUAUCGGGAUUUCAACUGAAGAUGAUGAAAGGCAGGCUGACUCUAAAAGGGAAGAGAUGACUUCCCCAAGUUUAAAUCCAACAGAUGUUCUGCAUGGACAGAACAAGUCAGAGUUUCCAAACACUCAGCUAACAGUGGAAACGACCAAGAUGGAAGGCACUAUUUCCUGUCCCCUGGGAGAAACCAAAAUCUCACGUUAUUACCCAGAUGACACAGUCAAUACUUACAAAACGAUGAAGUCCAGAAGCGUUGUCUAUUCCGAAGGUAGAAAGCUAGUCGGUGGACUUAGCAACUGGAGUGCUGAGUACAGCUCAAUCAUGGACCAAGCAUGCUCCCCAUCUGUUCAGCAAUGGACUACAGAAUGGAAAUAUCAAGUGCAAAAGAUCACACGUUCUCGGAGCACCGAUAUCCCCUACAUGGUGUCCGAAGCUGCAGUGCAAGCUGAGCAUAGAGACACAGAAACAGAAGAUGAGAACUAUGUUUCUCAGAGAGUCCCUCAUAUCUCUCAUUUAUCCCUCAUGGUGACUGACAGGACUGAGAAGGAAAAUUUACUCUCUGUGGGAUUCCCCUGCCUAAGGUCAAGAAGUUUGCAUGGCCAUCCUAGGACUAUCAAAUCCACCCAGGCCAAAUUAGAUGGUUCCAGGCUUGCCAGUAGCAUAAGUAACUUGGUAGUUGUGUCUUCAUUUACAACGGAAGAACUAAAGGCUAAGCAAGAACAAACUUCCACAGAAACUGAUUGCUAA